CUUUAUCUGACUGUUGUAUUAAAUAUAAAUAAAGGACCACGUAAAAACCCUCCUCGAAAUGAAUCAAGAUUAAUUGCAGAACACUAUAAAGAACAAGGAACUUAUAUUUUUGUUCUUGAAAAUCCUGAACCCGUAUUGGAAAAUACAAUACCAGUAUCUGCCUCACCGAACAUUCCAAGAAUUCCUAAUAUUAGUUCUCAUCUGGAUUUAAAU